CUUUACUUAGUUCGAAUACAUUGUAACAUUGGAAUAGUUUUCGAGUUUUAUUAUUAUCUUAUUUUUAUUUGAACCGUUUAAAAAGGAAAGAAUAUUUUUUUGGAUUACCUAACCUUCAGAAAAUCUCAAAGGCAAGUUCCGAAGUGAAUUAAUUGAUUGCAAGAUGGAUCCAAAUUUUUACGCUAUUACAUACAUAUUGCAUUCAAGGGUUGAGCAAAAAAAUUUGUCGAGAGAAACAAUGAGUCCCGUGGAAAGUGGUCCUGUUGCUGUUUUGCACCAUGUUGAUGAUUAUGUAGAAUUAUUAUAUGAUGAUAUACCUGAAAAAAUUAAAGGAUCAGCACUCAUUCUACAACUUGCUAGAAACCCUGAUAAUCUUUUAGAGUUGGCUAGAAAUGAAGCCUUACUUAGUGCCCUGUCCAGAGUCCUGAGAGAAGAAUGGAAACGAAGCAUUGAACUAAGUACCAAUAUUGUAUACACAUUUUUUUGUUUCUCAACCUACAAUGAAUUUCAUCCAGUUAUUAUACAAUACAAAAUAGGAUCAUUGUGUAUGGAUGUAAUAGAUUAUGAAUUAAAAAGAUAUGAUCAAUGGAAAGAAAAAGUUGAAGGAAAAAAAUCUAUACUAACCCCUGAUAAAAGCGAACUCCCAAAAAGUAGGAUUCCCGAACCAAAGCGACGACCUAAAUCAGGCACUUGGGCUGUUGCAGAUGUGAAUUUGCAGAAAUCUAGAUCUCUAGUAUCUAGCUAUCAUGAAGAGCUGUGUAGUGCUUCAGAUGAGUGCCUUUCUAAAAGUGAUGAAGAACAAUUGAAAAGAAAGCUUAAAACUUUGUCAAAGCGACAAGAGCAACUUUUAAGAGUUGCAUUUUACAUGUUACUCAAUAUUGCAGAUAAUGUAAAGGUUGAAGAGAAGAUGCAUAAAAAGGAAAUAGUUGGUCUUUUAAUUGGUGCCAUGGAAAGGCAUUCAAAUAUUGAUUUACUUAUACUUAUUGUGUCCUUCCUUCAAAAGCUUUCAAUUUUUGUCGAAAACAAAAAUAGCAUGGCUUCUCGAGCCAUUAUAGAAAAGUUAGCACCCUUAUUGGAUUCAUCAAAUGCUGAUCUUGUAAAUGUAACUUUAAAGUUAUUAUUUAACCUUACUUUUGACACAAAAUUACGCAAUAAAAUGAUUAAACUUGGACUAUUACCAAAGUUCGUCCAAUUUACUAGUGAUGAAAAACAUAUAAAUUUAGCAAUGAAAAUACUCUACCAUUUGAGUAUGGAUGAUCGCGUUAAGAUAAUGUUUACACAGUCAGACUGUGUAAAAUUGUUAACGGACAUGCUGCUGUUGAAUGUCAAUGCAGAAUCGGGAGGCUCUACAGAUGUUUUGUUGGCAUUAUGUGUAAACCUUGCUUGGUGUGAGCGAGCAGCGCACCAAAUGGCUGCUGAAGGCCGACUUCGUGAACUAUUGGCACGUGCUUUCCGGUAUUGCAAUUCUGUACUCAUGAAACUUGUUCGGAACCUUUCCCAUCAUCCACAAAACAAACCACUUUUUUUGGAAUUCGUCGGAGAUAUCGCGGGAGCCGUAACUAGUGGCGAAACUAGUGAGGAGUUUCACAUUGAAUGCAUGGGGACUCUCAGCAACAUACUCAAUCCAGAAAAUAUAGAUAUAUAUGCUGUAGUAGAAAGAUAUAAUCUGAUACCUUGCAUCAUGAAAAUUUUGGAUCCAGAGAGCGGGAGCAGUGAAGAGUUAUUACUGGAGGGCGUGGUGAUGGCGGGCGCAGUGGCGGCUGAGUCGCGGGCGGCGGGCGCGCUGGUGCGUGCGGGCGCGGGGCCGGCGCUCGUGGUCGCGCUGCGCACGCAUCAGGCCGACGACGAACACGUGUUGCAAACUGUCUUCGCCUUUCGACAGCUGCUCUCGCAUCCCAAAGCGGCCGAACACCUCGUCUCGCAGACAGAAGCUCCUGCAUAUCUCAUUGAUCUGAUGCAAGAUAAGAAUGCUGAAAUCAGGAAAAUGUGUGACUCUUGCCUCGAUAUUAUAUCACAAAUGCAGAACGAAUGGGCGGCCCGAAUAAAGGUGGAGAGGUUCCGGUGCCACAAUGGACAGUGGCUCUCCGUGGUGGAGACAUUAGGGGCGGAGGGAGGUGCGGGGGACGCGGCCGACGAUUUGCCCCCCUACCUUUCCGCCGAGUACCUCACCACACACCGGCUUGCCACCUCCGACUCACAAACGUCAAUUAACGACGACUCAGAUAGCCUGUCGGGUGAGGUUGAUCUUAAUCGCGUCGAAGCCAGGAACUCUUCAGAGGAGCAUAAAGGCGAACUUUUCACUUCGACGGAUGGCUCGUCGGGGAAGCUUUCGGAUAUCGACGGCCCUACCAGUGAUAUUGUACUAUUCACUUAAUUUAAAAUAGUUUUAAAUAAUCACAUAGAUGCUUAACACGUAUUAGUUUUUGCUUCUAUUAAUCUAGCUUCAAAUAGAAAAAAAAAGCGUGCAACUAUUUGUUAUUUAGAUUGUUCUGAUUUAUAUUAAAAUAAAACAGUAACAGCCUAAAAUGUUCGUAUGUAAUUUAGACUCUACAUAAAUUAUUUAUUUUUUCCUAAAGCUUAUUUAGUUUUUAGUAAGGAUAUAUUUGGUGUCUUCGAUCACAAUCAAAAGAAAUUAAUCCUGUAAAUAAAGCCCAACACUUUAGUCGAUAUCUUACAGAAUAUGACUCUAGGUUGCGAUUAUAGUAACUGAAUGAAGAUCUCAGUAAUGUAUGAAGAAUACUUGACGCCCACUAACGCUAACAGCUUUUAACGAUGUAUUUGUGCACUGUGAAGUUUUAAUGAUCAAGCUCUGAUUGAUAGGUGAAGUCUAAAUAUUAUGAUGAUCUCAGUAUUAAAUAAAUCGCAGUUUUCUUUUUUGGUAUAACUAAAUAUACAGUGUGGCCACAAAUACUGUUAUAAUAUAUAAAUAAAGAUAUUAUAUUUAAAUUUAGAA